AUGCUCGUCAAAUAUGGAAAAUUCUUUGUCAAAUUCUUGCGCGUGAGCGCCUGGUGGCCAGAACUACGUGGUCUCGACGGCAUUGAGUGGCAGGAAGCCGACGUACCUACCCUUCCACAGUGGGCACUUCCUAGUUCGCCACUGUGGUAUUACACAGACGAAGAAAAAGAGACGCACUUGCGUAUGCGUGAGGCUCGUGAUCGCAAGUUCUGGAAACGAGUUGGCGAUUUAGGCGAUCGCAUGGGCAUUCAAGCUUUCUUUGAACUCGGUGGACGCCGCAUUACUCUGAACAACCGACCCGCGCAACUGAUGCCACCAGUCGAGGGCGCUCCUCUCACCAAGCAGCAAGCAGCUCGUAUGUGGAUGGACGAUUGGAUGGAACAGACAAAGACUCUUCCUCCAUCUGGAAACGAGAUAGCGGCUCAGCUGCUCGGUUUCAAACUUCGAUUUUACGCCUCCGAUGCUCGCGACAAGUCGGAUACACUGCCCGACAACCUUAUCUACCUUGCCGCUUUAUUGAUCAAGAUAGGGUUCAUUUCCAUCCUGGACCUUUAUCCACAUUUGUAUCCAUUAGAAGAAGAUAUGCCUGCGCACAAAGAACGACUAUUGCAGGCUAAGAAAGAGCGGGAACAAAAAGAGAAAGGGGGAGUGGUCAAUGCCCUCACCAUGGCCGGUGCCCUACCAGACGACACAUUGCCGCCUGCCGUUUCACGUCUUCGGGAGACCGAAAGCAAGUCUAAACCGGAGUCUGAGCGAAGCACUCCUGGGCGCACCGACGAAGGAGGAGACACCAAAGAUGUCUUGCCCGAACCUAGGGACCAGAAGUUUCAGCUUCUUCAGAGUCUACUGUGCAUAGGCGCUCUUCCAGAGGCACUCUUCAUCCUGGGCCGUCAUCCCUGGUUGCUUGAAGUACACCCUGAACUGCUUGAUCUUAUCUUCCGUCUUGCGCAUCACUCUCUCAGCAAGAUAUACGAAGACGCGAAACCUGAAUCUGGCGAGAGCACCGAUCCCGUGACGAAGGGCACCGGUCUCCGCACAACUCCGAGGCCAAGCGAUUAUACUCCCCGACGGACGCUCCGUUGGGCUAAGCCGGACCAGCGGGAUGCAGGUGAUGGAAUUGAUUACAAGUUUUAUUGGGAAGACUGGAUGGAUAAUGUCCCCGUCUGUCAAGAGGUGGGUGACGUUUUCAAGUUAUGCAACACCCUCCUUGGUCUUGUUGGACCAGAGUGCGGCAAAGACGUCGUUCUUCUCGCCAAAAUUGUACGAAUUGGAAAGAGGAGUUUGGCCGAAGACUCAUCGGACGAGAAUCGAAAGCGCUGGAUUGAUUUCUCCGCUGCUUUCAUAGCACCCGCCUUGUCCUUUACUGGCAAGAAUCCAGGUAUCGUCAAUGAGGUCUGGGACUUGCUCAAACAAUUCGAUACUGCCACAAGAUACAACAUCUAUCAGCAGUGGUUCUCCGGAAACAAGCCCGCCAUCCGUGCCGCGUUUGCAGAAGUGCAAAGUCGAACGAAACACGAACUGUCCCGAGUUUCUGCGACCAACACCAAGGAGUACGGCCGGAAGCUUGCAAAAAUCUCUUAUUCCAGCCCUGGCAUUGUGUUCAAGUUGACAGUAAAGCAACUUGUUGCCUACCCCAACAUGAUUGAUGCGCUAGUGGAGUGUAGUCGAUACCUCACUUUGUUGGGCUAUGAUUGCUUAACCUGGACAUUGGUGAACUUCUUUCUCAAUCCCGACAAGGGAUCUACGCAAGACGAUGGCAUGUUAUCAGCGCCCUGGCUCAAGAACAUCGCCUCUUUUGUUGGCAAAGCUUAUCAAAAGUACAACCUCAUGGAUCCAGUACCAGUGCUACAAUACACCGCUUCCCAGCUACUGCGUUCAGAAGGCGAGCUGUUCAUGUUGGACGUCCUUGAGCAAAUGAUCAAGUCCAUGGGAGGCAUUGCUGUGAGCAGUUCAGUGUCAGAAUCCAUGGUUUUAGCGCUAUGUGCAGGCCCGGUCCUCCGUACCUAUACACUACAACAUCACCUCUCUGACUAUCGUCAGCAAGCUGGCUCAUCCGCAAGACGACUAGUCAAAUGCCUCAAGGAUACAGGCCUGGCGCCACAGUUGCUCAUCGCUCUGGCACAACAUGUCGAGGCCUAUCCCCAUCGUAGCGACCAACAAGACACCCCGGACAAGGUAGUCCUCUUCAACAUGGACAAGCUCCGGUCCAACCUAGCCCAGUAUCUGGAACUGCUCCGGUCAUACCUUAGCGUGAACGAGUUCGACAGCCUCUUUCCUCCGCUCAUCGAAAUGAUUGCAGACUUUGGCGUCGAGCCUGAUGUUGCUUUCACUGUCGCUCGUGCUAGUAUCACCGCAAAGGCGAAUGCAUUCAGAGCGGAACAGCGAGCAAAUCUGCUUCAAAGCAAGUCAAUGACGAGUAAUGACGUGGUCAUGGAAGGAACGCAUGAUUCAGCCGAGCAACACACGACUCCGCCUAGUGGUGAUGUCGAAAUGAAAGAUGCAAAACCAUCUACCAGCCAAGACCUGACUCCUUCAGAAGGUACUCUGCCUGACGUGCCAAAUGCACAAAUCGAAAGUCUAGCAGAAGAGCUCAAAUCUUCGAUUCCAGAGACUUUUGCGGAACAUCCUUGCGUAUCUUUUUACGUCACGUUCUGGCAGUUGUCAUUACCUGAUGUGGACAGCAACGGCAUGGCACAACAAUAUCAGAAGACGGUUACGGCAUUUGAGCGACAGUUAAUAGCAACACCCAUUGCUGAGCAGCGUCGCGGAGGAUAUAAGCUGAACCCGCCAAGGAAAGACGCCGACGAAACUCGUCGGAUCAAGCUUGAGAUUGAGAAACUGAAACUCGAAAAAGCAACUGUUUCUCAGGCCAGUCUUAACACGCAAUUGCAUUUGCAGAAUGAAAUGCGACACUGGUUUGAUGGUGUACCAAUGUUGGACUCACGCUCUGAUGCACUACACAAUGCUCUGCUCCAGGAUUGCUUCCUCCCACGGAGUCGCAUGUCUUUGCAAGAUGCUCAAUUCACCGCUACCAUGCUCAAUUUCAUGCAUAAGUCGGGAACCCCAGGAUUUCGGACCAUCAAGCUACUCGACCUUCUUUUCACCGUCAACAAACUAAGUUGCAUCAUCAGCAUGUACACCGAGGACGAGUCGAGAGCUUUUGGUCGCUUUUUGAAUGGCGUGCUUUGCGAAUUACAAAUCUGGCACGAGAACAAAAACGACGCCUUUGCCCGGUGCGCGCAAGGAGAGAAAAAGAACUUACCAGGAUUUGGAAAGCGCUUUGAUGCGGAUCGGACAGCGACCGAUUUCCUGUCGUAUAUGGAGUUCUGCUCGCUCUUGUACAAGUGGCACAAAGCUCUUUACACUGCACUGAAGACGUGCAUAGACAGUGGUAACUGGAUGCAAAUUCGCAAUUCCGUGAAUGUUCUGAAGGCACUGCACCCUGUCUUCCCAAGGGUGGACUUCAUGGCAACAGACCUACAGCACACAAUCACCCAGUUAGCGGAAGCCGAUUCAAGACAGGACCUGAAAACUUCUUUGCUUUCCAUCCUCGGUGAUCUCAACAAGAGCAAGAAAUACUGGCAGACAGAUCACGAAUUUCGUCAGGUGAGUACUCCAGAUAACCUCGCUCACCAGGCAUGUAUUGACGUAUCCAAGAUGCCCGCACCUCCCACACCAGUGAAUGGGCAUGACAAAUCUGUCACAGAGAAGGCGAAGCCUUCAUCGGAGGCAUCUACGCCCCAAUUGAAGCCAACGGCACCGGCCUUUAAGCCCAGAAACGAAGUUAAUGGGAUCCAUGCAACCCCCCCGGCUUCUAAAGAUGAUACUACUUCCAAGCGACCGGAAUCUACGCCAGCGACACCUGCGCUUCCUUCAAGAGAACGGGAAUCGGCAAUGGUGCUGGACGACAGGGUAACUGCCCCGUCACAGCAAGAAGCAGGGCUGCCUGCUAGGACAACUACAAAGCCUGGUCCCCCUAUGCAUCCUUCAUCUGUACCUCCUCGCCCCGAUGGGAGAAACACACCAAUUCACUCAGCCUCGAACACCAGAGCAUCGCACGCUUUACCAACCAGGCCAGAUUCGCAACCUCCAAGGAACCGACAGCCUGAGCGACCCACCACCAUGGACCGCCCACUUGAGCACGGUACACACCACCGUUACGAUACUCGAGCCCCUCCCAACGAGUAUGGACGUCUAGAGCGACCUAGUGAACCUGUACGCCAACGAGAACCCUCUCCUGGACGCCGUCCACGACCUGUUCCUGGAGGCAGGACGCCUGAGAGAAUGCCAGGUGGAGCUGACCAUCGUGAGUGGUCAGGCCGAGAUCCGAGAGAUUAUGAUGAUCGAGCGAUGCGUGGACACCCGCGUGACACACGAGCUCCUCCAGUCCGACCACCUCCCGGCUGGGAUCCGCGCGACACUAGAGAUCCACGCGACCAGCGCGAUCGGCCAGAUUCUCGCGGCCAUACUGCCCCCAUUCCUAUGGAACCCCGACGCAUGCCGCCGACUUCGUCCAUGGCACAUGAACAUGUAACAGCACGUCGAGACGGACCGCCUCCUUAUCGUCAAGGUGGAGAGCGAGGCGACGGACCCUCAAUAACUCCAAGAUCGUCAACUCCAGUCGCUGCUGCAUCAGUAGGCGACGGUCCCACUGUGGAUCCUGCACGUGCGGCUCUAAUCAAUCAAAGCGAACAGCAUGGUCUACCUGAGCUAUCGAGACAGGACCGCGACAGUCGUCGCGACCGAGACUCUCGUCCACAAUCCCCUCGUCGCGGAGAUGAUCGACGUGGCGACGAUAGGCGUGGCAAUGAGCGUCAGAUGGAUGACCGGCCACCAGCCUACCACGGCCGUCACGAUACUCGGGAUUAUCGAGACGAGCGCGGACUUAUGCAGGGUCCAUUACCGAGUGGUCGAGAUCGUCGAAACGAUGGUUCUGCGAUUACCCCAACAGGUCCACGCGUAGAUCGAACAGAAGCUUCAGCUUCAUCUCGUGCUUCUCGCGAGAUGUUUCAGCCAACCCAAGGUUCAAGGCCAUCAGGUCAAGAUCCCAAUUACGGAAGACUAAACCAACCGUCCGAGUCGAUGCCGCCCUCUGGCCCGCGGAGUGAUCGUCCACAUGGACAAUCUCAGUCAUCCACUCCGAUCGCGCCGACAGGCCCAUCUACACCUGGUGGGAUUCACCCUAGUAGGCUUGAAAACAUACAAGGGAAAGGACCAAGUGGCCCACCCCUUCAAACGAACAUGUCCAAUGCUCCAAGUGGACCACGAGGCUCAGGUCGAAUGCCUCAGGGACCUAUGCCUCCGUCGCCUGUUGGACGAGGUGCACCCACUGGCCCAGCCGUCAAUGAUCGUGGACCCAGAAAUGCCACUAACCCACUACGGGCGAUCAAUAAUGUCCUCACGCAGAACACACCUGCAGACCGGUCAUUCGAACGAAAUGGGCCACCAGCUUCCAAUCCCGCUGUACGUGGUCGUGGAUCAACGCGUGCCAAUGGUUCUAUAGAUGCACCUGGUGGCAUGUCCAGCCCCAUGCCGCCACCCUCGCAUAAUCCCAUGGCAAUAUCACGGCCUGACAGUCAGCAAUCACGAAAUAGUAGACUGGAGCCCGGACCUCCCCAUCUGGAACCCACUUUUCAAGAUGAAGGACGGUCAGAUUCGCGUGGGCAUCGCGAAAGCAGACGCAGUGAGCGCUCCGCUCACGAGCGAUCCACCGACCGCAGUGACCGCCGCCUCGAUGAGCGAGGCGCCCGGAAUGUUCCCGUUGACCGCCUUGGCCCCCCGGAAGAAGAUCGUGGCUCAGAUCGUGAUCGCCGCGAGAAAAGCAGGAUCGACCGUGAUUCGAGCAGAAGAGACCGCGAACGAGACGGUGGCGAGCGCUCUGGCCGCGAAUCGAGGGAGCCCAGCAGACGGGAGAGGGUUCCAAGAGAAGAUGGAAGGACCUCUGGAGGCGACGGCAGGGAUAGGAGGAGUCGGGCUAGUGCAAGCAGUGCAGGAGGGCCAGAGGACGUCCGGAAGAGGACGAGAGACGCUACGGACCAGGGAAUGCCGCAUGGAGACGUGAAGCGGAGACGUUAG